CCGAGCGGCGCCGCCCCGCCCCUGUGGAGGGUAGCGAGUGGAGCUCGGCGCGCAUGUGCGCGAGCGCGGUGGGACGUACGGAGCCUCUUCAGCUGCCGCGCUGGUGUUCUCCUGCCGGCGCAGCCCCGUAACCGCCACCCCGCGCUUCCCCCGCCCAUGGAACCCUGAGACCGCUUUGAAAAAUAACCGCUGUUCCUGUGGCCUGGCGAUGUGGCGGUAACCGCCGGCGCGGGGGGCCUGGGCAUCGUCUCUUGUCUCCUGCUCGGGAAGAGCAGCUCCUUGCCAGGGGCCCGGGGUGCCCCGCCCGGCAGCACCGCGCUCACCCAGGGCGGCUCCUCUUUGUGGGUUCCGGACCUCCCGCUUCCCCUGGGCUCCUGUGGCCAAUAGCCUGGGCUGGAGCCGGGACCAGCGAGGUGCUCGGCUCACGGGGUGGGUGUCGGGCGGCCCCGGGCCAGUUCUUCUCCCGGCGCUGGAGACCUGCAAGUGGACUGUCCUCGAUCUGAAAGUUGAGUUUUGACCAGUUCAUUCUUGCAAAAGAAAUCCAGAAACUAGAGAAUAAAAAUGGGGACUCCUGGAUCGGGGAGGAAAAGAACUCCAGUAAAAGAUAGAUUCUCUGCAGAAGAUGAAGCCUUGAGUCACAUUGCCAGAGAGGCAGAAGCAAGGCUUGCAGCCAAACGGGCUGCUCGAGCAGAAGCAAGAGAUAUACGUAUGAGAGAAUUGGAACGACAACAGAAAGAGCUUUCUCAUCGCUCAUAUGAUAGAAAAUGGGGACGUAUCCAAAAGUGGAUGGAAGAUUCAGAGAGGGCCAGGUAUUCUCUCCGUUCUAGCCAUCAUUCCUAUCUGGGAGCGGAUGACUUGCUGUGUGCUCGAAAUAUUGGCAGUCAUAGGAGUUCAUCUUUGGAUGUCAGUGGGUCUCACAGCAGCAGAACAAGCACCUCCAGAAGGAGAGAUCUUGUGUGUGAUGGUGGGAAGGAUAGAUCUACAAGACAUUCUCUCUCAAAUCAUGCUUACAGUGACUCUCACGGUAUAAGGAAGUCUUCUAGUUCCCAUAAAGAUCUGUUGAGUGGAUUUUACCAUGACCAAAGAAAUUAUAGCAGCCUUAAACAUAGCAAACCAAUCUCUACCCACCAUACUCGGUCCUCUUCUCUCUACAGUGAUCCUUUGGCAACUACUAAGACCUAUAGGGUAUCUCCUACCAUAAACACGGGUUUGAUAAGAAGGGCUAGUUUGCCAUCUGAAUACAGUUAUUCUUCGAGAGCAAGCUCAGCUCGAAGUAGUCCUCUGUUUACAGACAAUGAAACAGGGAGUACCACAUCCUCUAAUCGUGCCAUCCGAGGGCGGAGUGAUAGCAUGUCGACUGAUUUUUCUGAUCAAAGGGAAACUGCAGCUGAUUAUUUUAGUCGUUCCAAUCACAGGGGAAGCAUUAUUUCUGAUGUGGAUGAUGUCAGUAUCCCAGAUUUAAAUAGUCUGGAAGAGAAGUGUGACAAACCGUAUUCUGAAAUUUACACAAGGCCGGCAUCUCGCAAUUCAGCAAGUACAACUCCUCUGAGUGGGAAUUCAUCCAGAAGAGGAAGUGGGGAUAUAAGCAGUUUGGUGGAUCCUGAUGUUUCAUUAAGUGAAUUACAGGAUAUCUAUGAUCUUAAGGACCAGAUACAAGAUGUAGAGGGGAGAUACAUGCAGGGACUUAAAGAACUAAAGGAUUCUCUAUCUGAAGUUGAAGAGAAGUAUAAGAAAGCUAUGGUUUCCAAUGCUCAGCUAGAUAAUGAGAAAAACAAUUUGAUUUAUCAAGUGGAUACGCUAAAGGAUGUCAUUGAAGAGAGGGAAGAGCAGAUGGCAGAGUUCUAUAGGGAGAAUGAAGAGAAGUCAAAGGAAUUGGAAAGGCAGAAACACAUGUGCAGUAUUCUACAGCAUAAGAUGGACGAACUUAAAGAGGGCCUUCGUCAGAGAGAUGAACUAAUAGAGGAGAAUCAACGCAUGCAGCAGAAAAUAGACUCCAUAACCAGAGAGGUGUUUGACCUCCAGGAGACAAUUAAUUGGAAAGAUAAAAAAAUUGGGGCCCUAGAAAGACAGAAAGAGUACUUUGACUCCAUUAAGCAUGAGCGAGAUGAGCUCAGAGAUGAGUUGGCUGACCUGAAGGAAACAAUGAAGACAGGACAGAAACACGGGUUAGUUAUAAUCCCAGAUGGUACUCCAAAUGGUGAUGUAAACCAUGAACCAGUGGUUGGUACAAUAGCAGUUGUAUCGCAGGAAGCUGCUCAAGUCUUGGAAUCUGCAGGAGAAGGACCACUAGAUGUUCGGCUACGAAAACUGGCUGGGGAGAAAGAGGAAUUACUGUCACAGAUUAGGAAACUGAAGCUGCAACUGGAAGAGGAACGACAGAAAUACUCUAAAAAUGAUGGCACAAAUCCAGAUAUAACAGGAUUAGAGAAUGGUUCUGAUUUGCAGUUAAUUGAAAUGCAGAGAGAUGCCAACAGACAAAUAAGUGAAUACAAAUUUAAGCUUUCAAAAGCUGAACAAGAUAUAACUACCAUGGAACAAAAUAUUGGAAGACUUGAAGGACACGUGAUAAGAUAUAAAUCUGCAGCAGAGAAUGCAGAAAAAGUGGAAGACGAACUCAAAGCAGAGAAGAGGAAACUCCAGCGAGAGUUAAGAACAGCAUUGGACAGGAUAGAAGAGAUGGAGAUGACCAAUAGCCACUUGAUGAAAAGGCUGGAGAAGAUGAAGGCAAACAGGACUGCGCUUCUAUCUCAACAAUAGAAGAAAGUAUUA